AUGUCGUACUCUAUGCGCCGCAAGAACGUCGCACUGGAGAAGCACGAGCAACAACCAACAACGUGGGCGUUUACCACCAUCUUGAACCAACUCUCUUUACCUUGCCCAUCGCUCUCGUCAGAUGGGUGCGUCUCGGAGCUCAACCUUAUGGUGGCGGGAAACAGUGGUCUUGGAAAGACCAGCUUCAUCCGCACACUCUAUGGCACUCUCAAGCUCCGCACCUCAUCUGGCGGUCUCAGGAACAAGGCAUCCGUCUCGAACUUGGGAUCAGCAGCAACCACAUCGACUAGCGUCAGUGGCGACACCUCACCCACCUCACCCACCAACAUCAGUCAGAACGGAAUCGGCACCAAGGCCAAUGGCACCAAGGACUCUGCCGGAUACGCCACAGGAAAUCUCGAGCGCACACUCAACUCGUUCGAGGCUCUGUUCGAAAUCGAGGAGGGCCACGAGAAGAUCAACCUGACACUGGUCGACACCCCUGGAUUCGUGGGCACGGACGAUGUCAUUGAUGCUCACUGCGACGAGAUCCUCGCCUACUUGGAGUACCAGUUUGAUUUGACGCUUGCCGAGGAGCGCAAAGUUCGCAGAAACCCCAAGGCAACCGACAACCAGAUUCACGCCUGCAUCUACUUUAUCGACCAGGCCUCCCACCACCAGGGCCUGUCAGAUGCCGAUAUCCGGAUCUUGAAGCGCCUUGGAACUCGUGUAAACCUGAUCCCCGUCAUUGCCCGCGGCGACACCUUGACCCGUGCCCAGACAAAGAGACUCAAGCAGACGAUUCUCAAGGACGCUGCCGACAACCAGAUCCAGUUCUUCCAGUUCCUCAGCCCCAAACUGGCUAAGCGACUUUUGGCUCAACAGCAAGGUGGAGAUCUGGACCAAAACCACAGCACCCCGAGGAAGCGCCACAGCAGAAACGGACCUGGAGACGACGAGGAGGCAGAUGAGGUAGGAGAGGACGAGGAGUCGGAUGAGGAUGAGGAUGAUGAGGAUGAGGAUGACUGGGAUCCUGAGGUUCUGGAGGAGAAGGCACACUUGCAGUCGUUGGCACCCUUCACAGUGAUCGCACAGGAGGAGGAUGGAACCGAUCUCCGUGACGAGAAAGGCCGUCGUAUCCUAGGUCGCGAGUUCCCCUGGGGUGUUCUGGACUGCCUCAACAGCCAGCACUGCGACUUGAGCGGACUCCGCUCUGCAUUGUUGUCAUCUCAUCGCCAGGAGCUCAAGGAGAUCACAUACGGAUACUUUUAUGAGAAAUACCGUACCGAGAAGCUAAUGGCCCGUACCAAGAGCCAGCAUAUUGCCUACCAACAACAGCAGCAGCUCCAUCAACAACGACAGAAGAAUGGCUCUACUGGAGGAGCAACACCAACGGGAUCGACGUUGAAGAACAAGGAGUCGUUGUUGAGCGUCGGAUCCUCUGCCGCCAUUGCUGGACCAUGGGAGGAGUAA